GAGAGAGUGAGAAGCGAGCAAAAGAGAGAGAGACUCCGGGGUAGCUUCGAUCCGACCGAUUCGUCAGUCCAGAGUGGUUGCUCGUUGAGCGACGGUCGAUCGCGAGAACUAGUAAUCUCUUAGACACACGCAGGCUCGGGAGCAUGUCGUCGUCGUCGUCGCCGCCGCCGCGGCUCCAGUCGCCCGUUUGGCGGCAGCUCGCCUCGCUACAACUGCCACUGCUGCUGCUGCUCUCGUCGAUGCUACUGCCCGGUCGCUUGGUCGGGGCCAGUCUUCUGCUCGGUAACGAGAGCAAUCCUCUGCAGCGGCGCAUGGCCAGCAGUCAUCAGCACUCGGCUCACACGAGAAAGUUCGGCACCGAGCGCCUGUCCCACGCCGAGGAGUUCAACCGGACCAAGGUCCUGCAGCCCGAGUACCAGAUCCGGGCGACUCUCAGCCCCAACGACGUAUCUCAGUUCUAUUACCUAGGGCCGCACGAGUCAGGAUCGCCGCCGACGCUACUGGUCAGCCCGUGCAGCGGACCGAUCUCUUGGAGCGUCAGCUAUGUCGGACCUCCCGACGCCGAUCAGCACGCGGAAGGCUCGCAGCAGCAGCAGUCACACUGGCCGGUCAAUCAGCUCGUGCCGAGUCUGCCGCUCUUCAAGUACGAGGGCGCGGAGACGCGCAACUUCACCAUACCCGCGGCCGUGACCAAUCUCUACCUCAUCGAGAUGCAGCCCAUCAGCUCGCCCGACUUCGUCGACGUACGGACGAGGGCGCCCAACACGGUCCUCAUGUACGCCACCUCGGACGCGCUCGGACAUCUGCCCAGCAGCCUCAUAACUCCGACCCGGAGCAAGAGGCACCAGCCGCUGCUCGAGUUCCAGCAGAAGUGGAGCAGGCGCCGACUCAUCGUUUCUUGGAAUAAAAACCAAAUCGAGCCAGCCUCGUCGUCGAGCAGCUACUUGCUGGCCGUGACGACGUCGGGUCACCUCCAUCCGCCGACGCUCUGCACCGCCGAGAACAUCCUGAAGAAGCACCCGUGCCCGAGCAGCGACCGGCUCCAGGCCCAGGACGCGGCCCACCGACCCGAGCCCGAGGGACUGCACUGCGUGCCCCGCAACAGGAUCACCCUCAAAGGCGUCAAGUACAACACGACCUACUACUUCACGCUCUACAUUAUGAACACUCACAAUAACGUAUCCAGCCGCGUGGCCAUGGAUUCGUUCAGAUUCGAGAGAAAACCACCGAUAAUCCUGCAGAGCGGUCGACACGCGAUAAUCGACUUGGCCAAGAGCGACGGAUUCGCCUUGUUCCGUUACAGGCCGAGGGACAACGCGACCACCUUAUUCGAUAUUCUGGCUUGCGGCGUCUGCUCGAUCAAAAUGAAAAUUCGCGGCCCGGGAUACUGCUUGGAGGAGCAAAUAAGCGGCGAGUUCAGAGUAAGAACUCCAGCACUUCCGGCGGGAAAGAGGUUCAGCAUUCAACUCGCAGCGUCUCAGUUGGACCUGUCGAAAGCCAAAACGUCCAAAGUCAAGAUUUUGGCUAUUGACAACGAGGCUGUACCCUUCAACGAUUACAUAUUGCAGAAUUCAGCUGCCUCGUCACUGGGUGGUGGUAAUCAGUGGGAGUACAGAUCUUUGCGCAAGUGCCGGGCAAAGUCAGCCUCUUGGUGCGCGUCGCACCAACGCCAACACCCGUCGCAAGCUUACGGCGAUCGCAGAAGAACGACAGACCCGACCCACUCUUUCAUAAGGCCCUGCCCUGCGUCUUUGGUUUAAAAAAAGAGCAUCGUCUCUCGAGCCAAUUGCUACGUCACGAUCACUUUAUACGUCGAAAAAUAAUAUAAUUCUAUUAUGGCCGCGGAUCGUUUUGAGUUUUGUUUGGCUGAGGCACUUGCGUAUGCCAACGAUCCGAGCGAUUCGACGCUCGAAGAAAAAAGACAAACAAAAACACAAAACAAAAAUACUCGGUCAACGUGCAGAGCGUCGCUUAUUCUGCCGGUAUAGUUGAUUCGAACUCCAACCAAGUCACACCACUAAAUAGAUUCGUUUAUCGUACGUGCGAUUGUCGUUGCUCGAUUGAUAAACUUACGUAUUUCUAAAAGCACGCCUCAUUGGUUUUAUUAGGUUCAACAAAUUUUCUAAAAAUAAGUUAAAUGUUGACAAAGUGUUCCGAGUUGAUUAUACCUGCUUGCCAUUCGUCAUUUCAGCCUCUCUAGUUAUUCAAUACGUUGAGAUGCUAUACAGUGAUAGAUAAUACAUGCAUGGUGCGUGAAAAAAUAACUACUGAUUAUGUAGCUUUUUGCAAAUUCCCGAGUCAAAACACGCGUUUUAGAAUUAUGUCGCCGUAGAGAGAUUUAUUUGUCUACUUUGUUAUAUCUAUGCAUGUACACAUUUAUGCAUAUAUUUCUUAAUAAUAAUAGACAUUACAAUAUAUUUAAUUCUGCGCAAUUUCUCAAUUAAUCAAUCUGAUAUGGAUCAUAAAAUUAAUAUAGAAAAGAUUUAUGAGUUUGACAUUGUUUAAAAAUGUUUCAUACAUGAUUUGAGCUUUCAACUACAGAAAAAGGUAUUUUAACUUAUUAUCAUCCGUAUUUUAAACUUUUUAGUGUAGAAGGCGCAGAUAGAGUAAAUAAAAAAUGAAAUGCAACAAGUAUUUAGCUUAAGGAUUAUUUAAUUAAAAAUAAAUUACUCAAUAAAUAAUAAUUUCUUACCUUUUAUCAGUGUACUUGUCAUGCACACUUGAUAAUAAGAAAGGUAAAAUAAUUUCUCUCCUUGGAUCAUAGGAUCCAUAGGAUAGAACAGUAAAUAAAAUUUAAAUUCUUAGACUACAAAAUCUGGUUGACUCAAAUUUUUGGAUUUUAACAAGUUAUUAUUAAGACAGACGAAUUUUGAACAUUGAUCCAUUUGUAAAUAAAUUGAUUCACUGUCUUCAAGACAUGAGUUUUAUACAUGAAUUUUGUGCUGUGGCAAUUUAAGCUUCAACAAAAUCCUAACGACAAGAUUAAUUUUUCACCGCACCAAUCUUUGCGUAAAAAUUGAAUUUGAAAUUGUAAUUUAAUAAUAUAUAGUACA